UCCAGGCUUUCACAAGUCAAUCACUUAUUCGUUCCAUUCACCAUGCCUUACACCACCGGUUUCAAGUACGAGUCUGAGCUCAUCGCCACCGCCAAUGCUAUCUGCACUGAUGGCAAGGGUAUCUUGGCCGCCGAUGAGUCCACCGGCACCAUCAAGAAGCGUUUCGAUGGCGCUGGCAUCGUCAACACCGAGGAGAACCGUGCUGCCUACAGGUCCCUCCUUUUCACCACUCCUGGUCUCGGUGAGUACAUCUCCGGUGCUAUUCUCUACGAGGAGACCCUCUUCCAGAAGAACGCCGAGGGUGUUGAGAUGGUCGAGCUUUUGAAGAAGCAGAACAUCAUCCCCGGUAUCAAGGUCGAUAAGGGACUCACCGUUCUCGCCGGUACCGAUGGCGAGACCACUACUAUGGGUCUCGAUGGUCUUGCUGAGCGUUGCCAGAAGUAUUACGCUCAGGGUGCCCGUUUCGCUAAGUGGAGAACCGUGUUGAGGAUCGACGAGGCCAAGCACCAGCCUACUCAGCUCUCUAUUGAGGAGACUGCCCACAACCUUGCCCGUUAUGCUUCCGUCUGCCAGGAGAACGGUCUCGUCCCCAUCGUCGAGCCCGAGAUCUUGCAGGAUGGUGUUCACACUAUCGAGACUGACGCUUAUGUUACCGAGCGUGUCCUCUCCGCCGUUUUCAAGGCCCUCAACGACCAUCACAUCCUCCUUGAGGGUUGCUUGCUCAAGCCCAACAUGGUCACUGCCGGUGCCGAGUGCCCUGUUCGCCCUACCUCUGAGGAGAUCGCCAGGUUGACUGUGCGCACUCUUGCCCGUACCGUCCCCCCGGCCCUCGUUGGCGUGACUUUCCUUUCCGGUGGUCAGUCUGAGGAGAUGGCUUCCGUCAACCUCAACGCCAUGAAUGUCCUCCCUAAGGAGCGUCGCCCUUGGGCCCUCACCUUCUCUUACGGUCGCGCCCUUCAGGCCUCCACUAUCAAGACCUGGGCUGGUAAGGCCGAGAACACCAAGGCUGCCCAGGCUGUCUUGCUCGCCCGCGCCAAGGCCAACUCUGAGGCUCAGCUCGGUAAGUACCAGGGUUCUUCCGAUGCCACUGCUAACGAGUCUAACUAUGUCAAGAACUACGUCUACUAAAUUGUGUAAGAUGUUUGUUCCUUGAUGAUAGAGUAAGGUCUUGGGAUGAUUGACUCAUCUGCGAACAUGAGACGCAGUUUUACUCAUUCGAGUUCCUUGUUCUAUACAUUACUGGUUUAUUCUUUAACAUUCGACGCCUGGAAAGGGCUGUCACAAACCGUGUAGCACGACCACU